AUGAUAAGCUUGAGGUCUUAUCAGAUUUCCAGCAACAAGAGCGGCUGCAUCAAGAGCUAUGCCCACAAGGUGAUCGCCAAUACCCUUUUUGCUAGACAUGACUGCUCAAACGUCACGACGCAAGAACUCGAGCUACUUGAUGAAGGGAUUAUCCAGAAGCUACAAACUCUGGAUGACGGAACAGAGAUGAAAGGAGACUUGCGAGAGACGAGCAAGGCAGUCGUGUUGGUGAACUCCUUGCUACAUGUAAUGAGGAACGCAGAGCUGUUGUACGAGCAAGGCAAGAUUAAGGAGUCUCACUUGGCAAUAGGUAGCUUGAUCACUCCUAUCCUUCUGGCUACAAAAGUCAAGCUCCCGGCCCCUUCUCAUCCACCCAAGUUCAUCGACAUUGCCCACCUGAACAAGACGUGGUUCUUGCGUGGAAUGCAUGAUGGGAAGCACAUCUACCGCUUCGAACACCCCUCGUUUGGCAUCUCAAAGAUCCUUCUUCCGAACACCGAUCUUACAAACACCAACAGCCGGGAUGGAAUCCUGUUUCUCCCCUCGGCUGAUCAGUUGUUUAUAGAUGGAGGCGAUGCAACGAUCGGAGAAGAGCAAGGGCGCGAACGAGGAGAGCCUUCCUCAAGGCAGGCGAGUGAGCUUGGUGAGUUCGACUUCGUCCCGUACAAUGCGAGUGGGAGCGUCCCGCGAUCAUCAAGGCACACGAGCAUAUAG